CGGUUCUUGAAACCAAAAGAAGAAUGCAACUGUUAAAGAAUCAAUCAUCGUUCAUCAGUUGCACCUCUCUUCCCCUAAACCUUACACGUGUUGCCGCGUGUUCUCCUCCAACCCAUGGUUAAGGUAUCUGGUGGUUUAGUGUAGACCGCAUGUUUUUUCUUCCUCUUAAAAUAAACAACCAAAAAGAGGCAGUGGAGUUGUAUAUAUUCGUAAUUACAAACAUGGCUCCUCUGUUUUUCCUCUGUUCCGCUCCUCCCUCCAAAACCGACCCCAGAGAGGGAAAAGAAGGACCAACCCGUUGAAUUCAAUUGGUUUUGAAAUCUGGGUUUUCCCCAAAACACCGGAAAGCAUGGGGCUUUCGAAUUUCCCAACCCCUUCGGAAGGGGUACUCCCCCUGCUAGUGGUCAACACGGUUCUCUCAGUUGCCCUGCUUAAGAACAUGGUAAGGUCUCUGCUUCACUGGAUUGUUACUUCUCCAAUUAGAUUUUAUGAGAAUCACGAAGACAAUGGAAUCGGAAGGAUUAGAAUCGGUAGUAGUAGAAGGAGGGGAAGAAGAAUAUCCAUUACGCAGUUCAGGGCAUUGAGUGGUGGUGGGGGUGAAGCUUCUUCGAACAGCUUCGACAAUGGCGGAGGAGGAAGGAGUGCUUGGUUGGCUACGACAGUGGAGUGUUGUGUUUGCUUAUGUGGGUUUGAAGCUGAUGAGGAAGUGAGUGAGCUUUCUUGCAAGCAUUUCUUCCACAAAGGUUGCCUGCAGAAAUGGUUCGACAACCAGCACACUACUUGUCCACUCUGUCGAUCCAUUAAGUAGAUUUGGUGGGGGAGAGGGAAUUUCUGGUCAAGAUUUUAGCAGAAAUAAGGGGAAGACACAAGUUCAACUUGUCAGGAAUUUCUCCAUAGCUAUAGUUUGUAGCUUAAAGCUUUCAAGUCUUAAGCUUCUUUGUGUUGUUUUUUUUCUCCCUUGAGGACUGUUGGUUGGGUUUUCUAGAAAGCAAUGUGAUUUUUGAGACCACAGUUUGUAAGCCAUGGCUAAUGCUUCAUGAAGGGAUUGGAUUGGAACCAUUUUGUGAUGGCAGCUUCUUUUGAUUGGGAGAUUUGAGUUAUAGGUCAAAUUCUUAUGAUGAGGUCAAGUUGAUAUAUCAAGCAAGUUGAUAAAACAAAUCCAUGGUU